AUCGCGGUCUGUGCACUUCCGCAGGACUGCAGAGGUUUACCACGCAUGUCUCACAAGGAAGCGAACCGUUCCGCCAUCGGAGCAUCGAGAAAAAAAAAUGCUACCCACUAUCUCCCGUUCCUCACCUUAGCAGUGCAUCUCGUUUGAGACCAUCUGCCCAUGCUACUGUAUGUUUGUACCCAGGUUGAUCAUCAGGGCAUACUGCGGAGCUGCCCAGGUGGCUUUGCACGCGAUCCCUCCUACGCAAUGCGCCCCCCCCUCAAGAGAAGGGCAUCGACUGCAAUCGCACGACCGGUCUCAGAAUCGGGACCCUUUCCUGCUCCGAAUCGCGCUGGUCGCAUGGCUCUUUUCCGGGGUCGACAUGACCCGUUCCACACCCUGCACAUAUGUCAUUCUCCAUAUGUCACACUGCCAUUGAUUGUGUCAAUUGUCGCACCAUCGAUACGCUUAUCAUAUAACAUCAAAUUCGCCACCUCCAUCGCUUUGGAUUAAGCACUUUCGGAUAGCGUCUCGAGUCCCUUGAUCAAACCUGCUCUGUGGACUUGCCAACAUUGACUACGUGACGUCGCCGGAUUAG